AUGCAGCCAGCAGAGCAGAGCAAGAGCUUCCGGAGAGUGCCGCUGCUCUGCUCAGUGGCCACGCACCCUGGACCUGACAACAUCCCUGAAGAUCUCCGAGACCCCUUCUACACUGACCAGUAUGAGCAGGAGCACAUCAAGCCGCCCGUCAUCAAGCUGCUCCUCUCCAGUGAGCUCUACUGCCGCGUCUGCAGCCUCAUCCUCAAAGGGGACCAGGCAGCUGCCUUACAGGGACACCAGUCGGUCAUCCAGGCCCUGUCCCAGAAGGGCAUCUACGUGAUGGAGAGUGAUGACACCCCAGUGACUGACACUGACCUUGGCCAGGCCCCCAUAAAGAUGAGUGCCCACAUGGCCAUGGUGGACGCCCUGAUGAUGGCCUACACGGUGGAAAUGAUCAGCAUCGAGAAGGUGGUGGCCAGCGUUAAGCGCUUCUCCACGUUCAGCGCCUCGAAAGAGCUGCCCUAUGACCUCGAGGAUGCCAUGGUGUUCUGGAUCAACAAGGUAAAUCUUAAGAUGAGAGAGAUAACGGAGAAGGAAGCCAAGUUAAAGCAGCAGGUACUGGAGAGCCCAGCUCAUCAAAAGUCUCCCUCCAAGUGGUAUUGGAAGUUAGUGCCCGUCCGCUAUCGGCGAGAGCACCUUUCCGCUAGGCAGUCGCCCUACUUUCCACUAUUGGAGGACUUGAUGCGUGGCGGCAGCGAUGGUGCCGCUCUCUUGGCAGUAGUGCACUACUACUGCCCCGAGCAGAUGAGGCUGGAUGACAUAUGCCUGAAGGAGGCACCGUCCACGGCAGACAGCCUGUACAACAUCCGGCUCCUGAGAGAGUUCGCCAGCGAGCACCUGAACAAGUGCUUCUACCUCACGCUGGAGGACAUGCUGUACGCCCCCUUAGUGCUCAAGCCCAAUGUCAUGGUCUUUAUUGCUGAACUCUUUUGGUGGUUUGAGAAUGUCAAGCCCGAUUUUGUUCAGCCUCGGGAUGUUCAGGAGCUGAAAGACGCUAAAGCAGUGUUACAGCAGAGGAGCAGCCGGCCCCCUGUGCCGAUCUCCAAUGCCACCAAGCGCAGCUUCCUGGGCAGCCCUGCUGUGAUGAGCCCAGCCGACCUCCCGCCCACCUCGCUGCCGACCGAGGGCGGGCUCCGCUACCACCUGCACCCCGAGGAGCCUGAGUGUCUUGGGAAAGGAACUUCCGCGUUUAGUCCGUCCCAUCCUUUACUGCCGCUGAGGCAGAAGCAGCAGAAAGCAGCGCAAGCCGAGGAGACGCCCGAUCAGCGGCAUCGAUCUAAUUCAUUAACCCGAGUUGACGGUCAGCCCCGCAGCGCAGCAGUAGCAUGGCCAGAAAAAAAAAACAGGCCUGCAUCCCAGCCAACACCUUUCGCACUGCAUCAUGCCACCAGCUAUGAAGUAGACCCUGGCUCUGGUGACAGCAUCAGCUUGGCCCGCUCCAUCAGCAAAGACAGCCUGGCUUCCAACAUUGUCCACCUGACGCCCCAGAACCAGCCGCACCCCACAACUGGGAAGGCCAAUGGCAAAAGCCUCCUGAGCAACGUCAGUAUUGAGGAUGAAGAGGAAGAGCUCAUGGCCAUCAUUAGGACGGAUGUGACUGCCCACUGUGGAGACCCGGAGGUGACCAGGGUCUCCCCUCGUGCGCCAGUCCUGCCAACCAGUGCAAAGUCUCCGCAGAGGCAGUUGGACAUUGUGGAGAGUAAGCCUGACAGUUUCUUCCUGGAGCCCCUCCUGCCAGCAGUACUGAGGCCAGCGAAGGAGAAACAGAUUAUUACCAAGGAAGACGAGUGUGGGGAAGGGAGGCCGCGGAGCUCCACAGCCAAGCGGUCCAGUGAGGGCCCCCAGCCGCUGGCACGAAAGAAAGUGACAGGCAGCCGUGGUGGGCGGGAUUCGAACAGGACUUUCACCCCCAUCCCUUCUUCAGAGUUUGUGGCAGGCAUCGACCCCGCUGAGGCACGUCUGCAUUCAGUGGAAGCCCUGGGAGAAAUGCGCGGGGGGCCUCUGGCCACGGGUGGGUCCCAGCCAUCCCCCCAGGGCCAGCCUGCGGAUGGCUUCUUUCUUCACGUGGGCAGGGCCGACGACGUGGAGGGGAGGCUGUGCAUCGGCUCGAAGAGCCCCAGCUCACAGGACUCAGAGCCCUGGACGCUGCUGAGGCAAGACUCUGACUCGGACGUGGGUGACAUAGAGGAUGCGGAGCAGGACUUGGUCGGUGAGGGCCACCCUGUGGCCAUCAGUGCCUAUGCUGGGGAGGAGGAGUCGGCCAAGUUGCAGGAGGACAUGAAGGUGCGGGAGCACGAGGACAAGGAUGGCGCCAGUGGCCGCUCUAGCCCAUGCCUGAGCACGGCCUCCCAGCUCAGUAGCGUGUCCCUGGCCAGCGGGAGUGUGAAGAUGACCAGCUUCGCAGAGCGGAAGCUCCAGCGGCUCAACAGCUACGAGACCAAGUCCAGCACCAGCAGCUCCCAGAAGACCACACCCGAUGCUUCGGAAAGCUGCCCAGCGCCCCUAACCACGUGGAAGCAGAAGCGGGAGCAGAGCCCAGGCAGGCACGGCAGGGACGCCGCCAGCCUGCUGGCCUCCGAGCUGGUGCAGCUGCAUAUGCAGUUGGAGGAGAAGCGCAGGGCCAUCGAGGCGCAGAAGAAGAAGAUGGAGGCUCUGUCUGCGCGGCAGCGCCUGAAGCUGGGCAAGGCCGCCUUCCUGCACGUGGUGAAGAAGGGCAAGGCAGACGGCGGGCCGCUACGGCCUGAGCACUGUGUGAAGGAGUACGUUCAGCACAACGGCGAGGACCUGGAGGGCAGUGCUUCCAGAGCAGAGGGUGUGCUGGUCCGGGCUGAGCAGAGGGAGGGCCUCAGCGAGUCUCGGGAUGCAGACGGAGAGAGCCUGGUGCUUGUGCAGCCUCACAGACCCCGGGAGGUGGCCGCGCUGCAUGACAUGGCUAAGAGCAAGACGAUCCCCGCCGCCCUCCUGGAGGACACGGCGGGCGAGGCUGUGGACAUGACCGAGUGUGAGCUGUCCAUUGAGAAGCUCAACGAGACCAUCAGCACGCUGCAGCAGGCCAUCCUGAAGAUCUCGCAGCAGCAGGAGCAGCUGCUCAUGAAGUCCCCUACUGUCCCAGUGCCAAGCUCCAAGAGCAGUUCCCAGGACCAAAAGGUGAAGGCUGCCAUCCACUUUGUGGAACCACUCUCGCCUCCUGGGCUGGCAGGUCACCGCAAACCGCCCCGGCUGGGCCAGGGCCGGAACUCCCGUUCUGGAAGACCAGUGGAGCUCAAGGUUCCGAAAGACAGGCAGCAGGCUGGCUCCUCCAGGAGCAAAACCCCGACACCCAGCGCGGAGGGCCCCCCGCACCUACGCCCCUUCCCCCCAGGAUAUCCCCCACGCACGCCUCCCGACCCGGCUGCAGACAGCACCGCAGAGCCCGGCGGCCACCCUCCCGAGAAGGGGCUCUUCGACAGUUACCGGCUCCAUGAUGAGAGCAACCAGCGGACAUUUGUUCUGUCCUCGUCCAAAGAUCCCAACAUCAUCGCGGAACAGAUGGGCCUCAGAGACGUUCUGGACGCCGCCGUGAAAGAGGCAGGGCUGAGCUCCAGCAGGGAGUUCCUCCCUACAAAAGAGAGCGUCUCUGUGGAGGAGCCACUGAGGAGCAAGGCCAGCCUCAUCGAAGUGGACCUGUCUCACCUGAAGGCCCCCGACGAGGACGGCGAGGUGGCUGACCAGGACAGCGCCCCCGAGCUCAUCAGCGAUGGGGACCAGAAGCCUGGGGUUGGCUUCUUCUUCAAGGAUGAGCAGAAAGCAGAAGAUGAGCUUGCCAAGAAGCGGGCGGCCUUCCUGCUGAAGCAGCAGCGCAAGGCGGAGGAGGCGCGGGUGCGCAAGCAGCAGCUGGAGGCGGAAGUGGAGCUCAAACGCGACGAGGCCCGGCGCAAAGCCGAGGAAGACCGAAUCCGCAAGGAGGAGGAGAAGGCUCGACGGGAACUCAUCAAGCAGGAGCACCUGCGGAGGAAGCAGCGGCAGAUGCUGGAGGAGCAGGGCCUGGGCAAGCCCCAGCCCAAGCCCAGGAAGCCCCGGCCCACGUCCGUACACCGCGAGGACUCGCGCGGCGACCCAGGCACCAAGUGCUCCUCCACCCCUGAUAACUUGAGCCGGACGCACUCAGGCUCCAGCCUGUCCUUGGCCUCUGCAGCGACGACGGAAGCCGAGAGCAGCGUCCACUCAGGGGGCACGCCCUCUCAGCGUGUCGAGUCCCUGGAGGCCCUGCCCACGCUGAGCCGCAACCCAAGCAGGAGCACUGACCGGGACUGGGAGACAGCAUCGGCAGCGUCCUCCUUAGCUUCAGUGGCCGAGUACACAGGUCCCAAGCUCUUCAAGGAGCCCAGCAGCAAGUCUAACAAGCCGAUCAUCCACAACGCCGUGUCGCACUGCUGCCUGGCCGGGAAAGUGAACGAGCCGCACAAGCACUCGGUGCUGGAGGAGCUGGAGAAGUGCGACGCCAACCACUACAUCAUCCUGUUCCGCGACGCCGGCUGCCAGUUCCGGGCGCUGUACUGCUACUACCCCGACACGGAGGAGAUCUACAAGCUCACCGGCACGGGGCCCAGGAGCAUCACCAAGAAGAUGAUCGACAAGCUCUACAAGUACAGCUCGGACCGCAAGCAGUUCAGUCUGAUCCCCGCCAAGACCAUGUCGGUCAGCGUGGACGCGCUCACCAUCCACAACUACCUGUGGCAGCCCAGGCGGCCCGCAGUGCCAAAGAAGAGCCAGACUCGCAAGUGACCGCGCACGGCGGCCCGGGAGCACCCUCCAGGGCGGCCCUAUUUAUUAUUUCCUCCACUUGCGCACGAAGCGUGCCGGGUCACAGACCUUUCCUGAGCCUCUGGCGGCACGUGAAGCCCAGCGGGGUGUGGACACCGUGUCCGCCAUCUGCCGUGGCCCCCACUGAGCAGGGCCCCGGCUGCGCGUCUCCCCCUGCAGCUCUCCGGGACAGGUUGCGCGAGACCCGCCUGCGCCCCGGCCUCCCUCCCCGCUCCUUUGCACACUGCCUGAGCCUCGCGCUGGCUGGCGAGGCCGCCCGGGGCUCGGCACGGAGGCACCCUGGGUCGGGGUUCGAAUGUCUUCAUACAAGGAGUCCUGUGGGAGAUCUUUUUCAUUUGCGAAAUUAUAUGAUAUUUAUUGA